AUGCCCAUCACUCAGUUCCAUCGCAGUAAUCAUGUUCUGCAUAUCAAGGACGCCAAGCUCUUUGACUGGCUGGCGUGUAUCGAAGAGCAUAUUGUCAGCUACGAAAACUUCUUCCAGGUAAGUGGCAUGAGUGAUUCACUCAUCACCGGCCAUCAUUGUGCCUACAACUUCGAGAAUCUCUGGCAAAAGCCAGCUCACGAUGGCCUCGAGCCGAUAGGGACUAUCGAGUUCCGUCAGCACGCGGGUACGCUCAACUCGAAAGCUAUCUGUGUCUGGGUGAUGCUAACGACGCAGAUUGUAAAGUUCUGUACAGAUGUCUCAGCGCCAGACUUCCUCCGUCUACUGAUCAGCUCGGUGAGCCCAAGGAUGACCUUACCGAAUCUGCUAGCCUUGGUCUGUAAAGAUCGGGAGACCAAGCAGUACUACACUGACAUGAUAUCGGACAGCAUCGAUGACAUCGGCAAGUUCUCCCGCUCCAAGAAAGCUUCCCAGCAACCCAAGAGUCUGUGGUCUGGCGUCUUCCAAAAGGCAUCGCUCGUCCAGCUGGAGCAUGUUAAUGGCACCAUCGUAGCGAAGGACUCGUGUAUGAAGGCGCGAUUCGCACAGAUCUCGAAGUACAAAAGAGAAGGUAAGUAUGGGACUCUUCCAUCUUUCGUGAUGCCGUCGAGGGUCGCAGACGACCUAAUCCUCAGCUUCGAGAAAAGAUGCAGAAAAUCGUUGGAGCUAUGCCUAGCGGAGGACCGCGAGGAAUCCGAGACACAUGAGCUCGCAGCUGCAUUGCAGUUCGUUGCUUCCGUGUAUGGAGCGGACUUGACAGAGGAGAGGUAUCUUGCAAAGCUGGCACAGUACUGA